AUGGGAAUGCACACACAUAAUGGGCCUUACGACUAUGUACCAACUGUUUUCGACAACUUCAGUGCUAAUGUGGUUGUAGAUGGCAACACUGUCAAUCUUGGAUUGUGGGAUACAGCUGGUCAAGAAGACUACAACAGGCUACGACCUCUGAGUUACCGUGGCGCAGAUGUUUUCAUCUUGCUUUCUCCCUCAUCAGCAAGGCUAGCUACGAGAAUAUUGCCAAGAAGGGAUUAUGCUCCUGCUGUUCCUAUUAUCCUUGUUGGCACAAGACUUGAUGACAAGCAAUUCUUCAUUGAUCAUCCUGGUGCAGUGCCAAUUACUACACACCAGGGAGAGGAACUAAAGAAACUUAUUGGAUCUGCGGUUUACAUUGAAUGUAGUUCAAAGAUACAACAGAAUGUGAAGGCAGUGUUUGAUGAAGUCGUAAAAGUAGUGCUUCAGCCACCAAAGCAGAAGAAGAAAAAGAACAAGAACCGUUGCGUGUUCGUGUGA